AUGGGGUUCAGAACGUGCUCGCCGCUGAGGCCCGCGGCUGCUGCCGUGCUGGCCGGCGGCGCGGCGAGGACGGCGUCGUCCAUGUCUGGGCGCUGGCGGGUGAAGGAGGGUCUCGUGGUAGCCGUGAGCGUUGCUGCGUCGCGAUGUGCGCAGAGGAGGUUCAUGGGCACCGAGGGGUUGAGUAUACGGCGCGGGCCGAGUGAGCCAGCCCUCUACACGGGCACCAUCCCGGAGCACUUUGCCGCCACGGUCGCCCAGCACGCCGACCGGCCGGCCGUCAUUGCUCGCGCGCCCGUGAGCAGUGCUCAACAGCAGCAACAAGACCCCGACGUGGAGGAAACGGUCCUCACCUACCGCGGGCUCGACCUCCUCUCCAACCGGCUCGCCGCGUCGCUCGCGGGGCUCGGCGUGCGCAAGGGCGACCGCGUCGCCGUCUCGCUCGGCAACGGGGCCGAGUUCGCGGCCCUCACCUACGCCGCCUUCAAGCUGGGCGCCGUCCUCGUGCCGCUCAACCCGAGCUUCAACGCGGGGCAGGUGUGCGCCGCGCUCGCGCACCUGCAGGCCGAGGUGCUCGUCAUCGGCGCCGUCACGGACCUCGCGUACAAGCCGGGCUGCGGGCGCAGCAACGAGGACCUGCUCGCGGCCGUGGUGGGAGACGUGCGCGCCGCCGGGCCGCUGCGGAGCGCCGCGGUUGUGCCCUCCCUGCGGCACGUCGUCGUCGUCGACAACAGGGCGUACCACCCGCAGGUCGACUUUCCGCUCGAGGCGUGUCCCGCGCUGACGCCGUACGACGCCCUGCUGGCCGGGUCGGACGCGGCCGUCGUGCCGUCGGCGCCGCUCCGCCCGUCCGACACCAUCAACAUCCAGUUCACGUCCGGGACGACGUCGACGCCCAAGGCGGCCAUGCUGGCGCACGCGUCCAUCCUCAACAACGGGGCGCUCAUCGCGCACCGCAUGGGGCUCGACCCGCGCGACCGCAUCGUCGUGCCGCCGCCGCUGUUCCACUGCUUCGGCUCCGUGCUCGGCUACAUGGCCACGGCCACGACGGGCGCCGCCCUGCUGUUCCCCAGCCCGGCCUUCGACCCCGUCGCCACCCUGCGCAUGUGCCUCGACCGCGACGCCACGGGGCUCUACGGCGUCAGCACCAUGCUCGUCGCCGUGCUCGAGGCCCUCGACGGCGGCGUCGUCCGCGGGGGUGCCGCCCCGCAGAGCCUCCGCAAGGGCAUCGUCGCCGGCAGCAGCGUCCCCGAGGCCCUCAUGCGCCGCAUCUACCAGCGCCUCGGCCUCGAGGACCUCGUCAUCUGCUACGGCAUGACCGAGACCAGCCCCGUCAACUGCAUGACCACGCCCUCGGACCCCUUUGUCAAGCGCACCUCGUCCGUCGGCCGCCCCAUGCCGCACACCACCGUCAAGAUCGUCGACCCCACCGACCGCUCCCGCGUCCUGCCCCUCAACACCCGCGGCGAGCUCGCCGCCUCGGGCUACCUCGUCAUGAAGGGCUACUACGACGACCCGGAGCGCACCGCCGAGGUCCGCAUCGAGGAGCCCGACCACCCCGGCCUGACCCCCGACAAUGAUGUCCCCGGCAAGAAACCCGGCACCUCCGUCUGGAUGUACUCGGGCGACGAGGCCGAGAUGGACGCCGAUGGCUACGUCACCAUCACCGGCCGCAUCAAGGACCUCAUCAUCCGCGGCGGCGAGAACAUCCACCCGCUCGAGGUCGAGAACUGCCUCUUCCAGCUCCCCGGCGUCAAGGAAGUCUCCGUCGUGGGCGUCCCCGACGAGCGCCUCGGCGAGAGCGUCGCCGCCUUUGUCAUCCCCCGUCGCGACUGGGUCGUCGCCGACAACAACGCCACUGAGCAGCAACAGCAGCGGGAGGCCGGACCGCAAGUCUUGACAAAGGAUGCCGUCCGCGCCUGGGUGCGCACCAAGCUCUCAAGCCACCUCGUCCCCAAGCACGUCUUUUGGGUUGACGAGUACCCCAAGACGGCCAGCGGCAAGAUUCAAAAGUUCAAGCUGCGCGACAUGGCCGUCGAGGCGCUCAGGAACGCCGCCGGCUCGGUAAAGGCAUGA